AUGCCGUCAUACGCCAUACAGAAUGUGUUGCUAUAUUUUGACGAGGCCAGUCAGUGGGACUCUGUUUACAAGACAUCUCUGACUUGCGACCAGAAAGUUGCAGUGCUCGAUCCAGCCAAUAACCAGAUUAUCUCCCUUUCCAUUCUGUAUUCCUGGUCGGGAUGCGUGGAAAGCACGCGCGAUGGUGUGGAAUACGUUACGUGUAUUGGAGGUCGUACUUUCCGCUCCACACGCGAGCGCUGGUGGUUUGUGGCCGUAAGUCGGUGUGAUCAGUCAUCAGGGCCAACAGGUAUGAAUCUAACAUACUCCCUACAUAUGAUGAACAGUAAAGAUGAAAAGGACAUGCUCCACUACGAGUUCUCGGCGGAUGAAUUCUAUAUUCUACCUACCGAUAUAGCGUUCAUGGGUGUUUACGUUCUUCUGUUGGUCGGGGCUAUUAUCUGUGCAGUAAUGCUGCGCUCCCGGCAACUCUUUCACACCACGUACAAGUUGUAUAUAACAUCGGUCGUGCUCUGGCUCGUGGAUCUCUUCUUCCUCAGUGUGGCCAACGGCAAAUACUCAGCAGACGGUUACGAAAAUAACGAUUUGGAACUUGUAGGUCGAGUCUUUGGUGCCGUCAGUGAUCUAGUGUUCCUUUUGAUGUUAAUAUUGGUGGGGAAGGGCUACACCAUCACAAGAGGAAGGCUGCCGACCUCUAGCACCGUCAAGGUCACGGUUUUCUUCACACUGUACACCAUAGUAUAUGCGAUCCUGUUUGCGUAUGAAGCUAAGGUGUUUGAUCCUGGCGAGGUGUUGUAUCUGUACGAAAGCCCACCCGGAUAUGGACUUAUAUCACUACGUCUGAUCGGAUGGGCGUGGUUCUGCUACUCUAUUUUCUUCACACUAAAACACUUCAAAACCAAAUCGUUGUUUUACUACCCUUUCUUCAUCUUCUACACAUGUUGGUUUUGGGCGGGGCCAAUCGUCAUUCUGGUCGCCAUGUUUGCGAUGCCUCAAUGGAUGAGAGAGAAAACAGUUCACGGAGUCUCCAUGCUAAUCGCCUUCUUGGGUCACGUGUUUUUUCAGAUUCUGACGCGACCAUCGGCUGCUAACAAAAACUUUCCCUACCACGUCCGAACUACUCAGAUUGCCUCCAUGACGGGAUCUAACAGCCACGAGCUCGACAACUUUAAUGUCCAUAGCUAUUCUGUGGGGUCCAACCACCCAUCUGCCUCUGGACCUGAUCUGACAAGCCUGUUCACCACUUCCAAAACGACGUCAGAGAAGACAGACGAGGAUGAGCUAUCAUCCACGGCGUCAGCACAGAAGCGGGGUAGUCUGCCUCCAAGCUAUAGUAGUGCCAACUUUGAGGUAUUACCCGGUAUCCGCAGUAACACGUCAACUACCUCCUUAAGUGGCGCCACUGGUGGGUUGUCGUCACCGCCAAGUUAUCACACGUUAUUUAGCGCCAAUAGCGGGAAUGGCUGGGAAUGA